UUGAUCUUAAACAUUUCAAUAUUGUGACUAAGUGUAUAAGAAUCAAAGUAUGACAAUAUUUGAAAAUUAAUUACGCACAUACAUCGAUUAAAAAUUGAUGAUGAUACAUGGCAUUACUCUUUUCAGCAGUGGAUUUGUCCUUUAUUAAAAAGCAGAUAUCAAACAUUGAGAAAGAAUUGGUUGAGAUAAUGAAUUGUGCCAACUUAGAAUGCAUGGAAGCAAAUCACAAGAGACAUCAUGAAUUUCUUUGUGACCCUACAUCCUUUUAUGAAAGAGAAAGGCUUAAUUUUGCUUUUGGUGCAUCAUAUUUUACAGCCUCUGUUGUUGAAGAACUACAGAUGACUCUUCGUGAGCACAUGUCUAGCAGAAAAAUGUUGCCUGGGUCCAUAUAUAGCAGUUAUUAUACUUUUAAAGAUCUAAAAAACAACAUCCUGGAGGAGCUGUUAAAAGAGUAUCGAAUAAUUGGCAUGCACUAUAUGACCCAUGUUUUGAUGAAGGAGGCCAUUGUUCUUUGUGUCUGUCUCAGAACAGGACUGCCAUUAGAAGAGGCUGACAAAAGAUGCAAAGAAACCGAGACAUCAAUGAGGAGGAUGUUAAAGAAGAAUAAAUAAAGAGGACAGUCUGAAUGGCCAAGUUGCAUGCAAUAUCUCUUGAGAAAUGAUUUUUGAAUAAUGCUACUUAUCUAAGCGAGUUGUAUUUAUAAGGACAAAUUAUAAUAAUUAUUAAUAUUUGUUAUUGCCAUUAAUCUUCAAUGUACCUGCAUAUGUUUUAUAUCUUACAAGGGUAUGUGCAGCCAAUUUUCUACAGUAAUACAAUUAAUUUGUUGAAAAAAGUUUGUAUAGUGUAUGUAUAUACAUGUAUGUAUUGUUUGUUAUGAUUUUGCCCAGAGUAGUAUAUAAUAAUGUAAACAUUUCUCAUUAAAUAGAUAGGAUAUUUACUGAUAAAUCCACAUUGAAUGUUGAUUUGCACCAAAUUGUAUGACUUAUCUGAUCCAGGGGCCCCUGGCAACCCCAGGUGACGAUAUAUCCAAGGGUUUCUGGGGAGAUUUUACCUCACAUGUUAUAUAAUUUAUUGAAUACAAAAAAGUAAUCAUUUCCAAAAUACAUACCUUUUUAAUGUUGAUUUUAUUAUUGUUUUGUGUUUCUCCCUUCGAAAUUUGAGAUUGUAUUAAGUUUAUAUGCAGUUCGUCAAUUUUACUUGCAAAAAAUAAUGUAAAAACUUACUCCCUUGUUGUUUCAAUCUUGUUUAAAUAACAAAAACUAAGUAUUUCAUAAACAUUAGGUCUUACUAAAUUCACG